AGGCGGCGCGCCGGGCGGCUGUGGCGGCCGCCAUGCACCGGCGGGGCGUGGGCGCGGGCGCCAUCGCCAAGAAGAAGCUCGCGGAGGCCAAGUACAAGGAGCGGGGCACGGUGCUGGCCGAGGACCAGCUGGCCCAGAUGUCUAAGCAGCUGGAUAUGUUUAAGACCAACUUGGAGGAGUUUGCCAGCAAACACAAACAGGAGAUCCGGAAGAAUCCCCAGUUCCGGGUGCAGUUCCAGGAUAUGUGUGCGACAAUAGGAGUGGAUCCUUUGGCAUCUGGUAAAGGCUUCUGGUCCGAGAUGCUGGGAGUUGGYGACUUCUACUACGAGCUGGGUGUGCAGAUUAUUGAAGUUUGUCUGGCUCUGAAGCACAGGAAUGGAGGCCUGAUAACGCUGGAAGAACUUCACCAACAAGUGCUGAAGGGAAGRGGAAAGUUUGCUCAAGAUGUCAGCCAGGACGAUCUCCUUCGUGCAAUCAAGAAGCUGAAGGUGCUGGGGAAUGGCUUUGGGAUUAUUCCUGUUGGUGGAACAUAUCUGAUCCAGUCUGUACCAGCAGAACUGAACAUGGAUCACACAGUCAUCUUGCAGUUGGCAGAGAAAAAGGGGUAUGUAACAGUCGGUGAGAUCAAAUCCAGUCUGAAGUGGGAGACAGAACGAGCGAAGCAGGUGCUGGAACACUUGCUGAAGGAAGGAAUGGCCUGGCUGGAUACGCAAGCAGCAGGAGACCCUCAGUACUGGCUGCCCGCUCUCUUCACAGAGCUCUACUCUCAGGAAAUCACUCCAGAGGAAGCCAAGGAGGCAAUCCCUUGACUGUUCUGUGCCUGUACAUAACUCUUCUUCUGAGGCUAUAUGCAUAUCACCUGAAACACAGGGACAGUGGACUUUAAAUAAAGUUUUCUAAAAAGUGUCUAGCUUGACGAGGUUAACAGGACUAAUUCAUACUUUAUUACUUUGAAUUGCUGUAGGUGGCAAUACCUCCUGUGGUUACAGACAUUAAUUAUCUUGUCACAGCAAGAAGAAAAUUAUCUAGGCUGCAGUUUCAAGUGCAGUCUUGAAGGAUGCACAUGGGACUGUGAAGAAUCUCUGAGCCAGCAGUGACACUUCCAGAGCAGCUGAGAAACCGUUUUGGAGUCAGUCCUCUUUGUGAGUGAGUCGUCC